UCAUAUCACUUGGAACAGCCCCGCACAUGAUGCGUCUGCUGUACACGUGGUGUGCUCUGGCCUGCGUGCUACUGUUGACCGGGGAUGCAACUGCCCGGCAAACCUGUGACCGCAACAGAUACGUCAAUGGCUGUUCCGUGCCCUACAAGUGGAUACCCUUCAAGAAUACAUUCAGACCUGCUUGUAACAGACAUGAUGUUUGCUAUUCCUGUGCUGCUGCUUAUGGAAUAUCAAAAGCAACAUGUGAUCGGAGGUUUCUGCGAAGUAUGAGACAGAUUUGUUCGAGAUCCAGGCUUCGAAAUUGCCGAUCGACGUCGUUUGUUUAUCAUUUCGGAGUAGCUGUAUUUGGAAGACGACACUUCAGUAAAUCAGUUUUACCUGGCUGUCGUGAUCCAUGGGUGAGACAGUGUCUGUAAAUGUGAUGUCACUUCACGCCAUGCAUUCAAUAAAAUGAUAUUGAUAUCAA